CCGGUGAGAUGUUUUCAGUUGAUUCAUUACCGGCGACUCUGGCGUCUAGCUGGGCAGCUUUCCUAGCUUCCAGUUCGUCUAGUAGCCAAGUAUUCAGCUGUCUGGCGCGUAGCUGGCAUCAGAGCAAAAUGAAAAUGUUACGACCGUCCUGAAAAUUGGCGAAACAAUCAGUAAAUUUCCCAUUCAUCAUCAACUUCCGGAAAAUUGUGUUGCGUCUUUAUUUUUCGUUCGUGAUUUUUCUGCGUGCUGGGCGAAAACUGUUAGUCAGACCUCUAGAAAUUCUGUCUUGUGUGUGUCCUGUGCUCAUUUGCCGCGCCGGCGUUAUUCUGAUACGUGCGUCCUUCUUUCGUGAAUGUGCCUUGCUGUUGUGAAAGUGCUGUGAAGAAAAAUAGGGAAAACUGCCACCGCUUUCCACGGCAAACACUCCGAAAGAUUUCAGAGCACGCAUGCCAUAAAAUCAUAUGUCAGUGGAAGUGGCGUCUUCAAGUGGAAAGUGUAGUUUCUGAAAUUGGGAUAAACUUCGCCACUGCCAUUCCCCAUGCACAACCUGUAGCUGAUAGCGGCAUUUGCACAACUAAUCGAAGAUGGUUCUACCAGUCGGGCAAGGCUCAGAUAACCAACAUGCGAAUAGUCGAACUAUCAUCAUUCCCUCGGCUCCACCCUCGGAUGGUGACGUGAUUCAUCAAAGUCAUUACAUCGAUUUCAUCGUAGUUAAUGGCGACGAUCGAUAUGUGAUAAGAUGCGAACGCAAAGCGGUCUUGGAAUCAAGCGUCGAACUUGCCAAAGUGAUAAAUGCAGGACCAACGAGUGGACGAAGGAAUGACAACCACUUCAUCAUAAACAACGUUGACAAGCAUGAUUUCGAACUAGUUAUAAGAUUUUUAGAGACAAAGUUUAUAAAGUUUAGAGAUCAUUAUCAUAUAUUACGCAUUCUAGAGGUAGCAGAUCGUUACAACUGCCCUGAUCUAGUCAUACAUAUUGUUAAGGAGCUAGACCUCCAGUUGUCUAGUUCGACUGUUUUAGACGUAUUCAGAUCUCUGUGGUACUAUAACUCGAUUUCGACCAACAUAUCUCCUCCAGAAGCACCGACAGUCAAGGAGAAAAAGAAAACGAAGAAGCACCAGCAUCCGGCUCCAUUCACCCCUGAAGAAUAUUUGGCUGCAUUACUGAACAACUCACUUCAGUUGAUAGACAUGCAGGCCGAACUUAUACUAACGAAAUCUCAGAUGCUCGAAUUGAGGUUCGAAGAACUAGAAAUGAUUGCCAAGCGCGAGGCGCUCCAGAUGCAGUCCGAGCUAGUUUUGUUCAACUGCUUAGCAGACUGGAGCGUGGAGGAAUGCAAACGAAAGAAACUUGAUCCCAAUCCGGAGAACCGUAGAAGAGUACUAGGCGCCCUAUGCUACACUCCACGAUAUCUCACAAUGACUACAAUGGAGUUCGAGAAAGCUUGCACAAGAGUGGACCUGCUUGAUUCGGCUGAAAUAGCUCUAGUCACUGCUGCCAUAAAGGGCAAAAAGCUAACGAAUCUAACGGAUGAACAAAAUAACAUGCUGGAACGCUUCCGUACCCCCAGGCCGGCCUACUCGAGACUCCCCAUUCACCUGAGCGAUCGCACAAAUCCCAAGAACUACAAAAAGAAGAUGCGCCGUGCUGAGCGCGGAAAUGAUGACGGCUGCUGCAGCAACUUCGGCCUGAAUUGUCUAGCCAUAUUAGCGUGCAUAUUCGACUGAAAUAGAUUCUAGUAUACUGAUCUAAAACUUAUGCCUCCUUAUUUUUAAGAUGAAGUCUUUGUUUGCCAGCCGUUGAGUGGCGCGAGGUUGCGGCGGGGUAAAAGGUCAUCUGGUUGAAAGCAACUGAUUCAAUCCUACAUAGGCUGCAUUACUUCCAAAUACAAUCAGGGAUGUAAAUGAUUCUUCCGAAGCGGUCAUCCACAACCAGCACAUCAAGCCAGUGCAGAAAAGAACCAAAUUUUGUAACACACUCUCUCCAAGCAGUAAAGGGUUGGCGCCAUCCACCCCUCUUUUUCAAACGAUCCACGACCCCACGCGUAUCUACCGCACUUUUACAAACCUACAUUGUACCUUCGCUUCGAUGCACAAACCGUUUCACUUACCAACGAACGCAAAGUAAGCCAAAUGUUAGACUUCAAAUUCUGCCAUUAAAUAAUUGUAUAAUUUACGCUUUGAGCUUGGCUUAGAGCAAAUUUUUGUAGCUUUAUAAAAUCGACGGACACGAUUAUAUGUGGCCUGUCAUAUGCUCAUUCUUUGUUAUUUAGUCAAAAUAACACUGUAAGUGUUAGCGUUCGAUUGAACGACCGAGAUAAAUUGCCAUUUUAUUGUUUAAAUUGAAACCUAGGGUAUAAUCCUCCAAGUCUAUUACCUAAUGUAAUUAGUGUAAACUGAUUUUAUAGAUGUGAGUUAUGUCCAUAUGUAUAUUUAUCCGUUAUUCGAUUGAAAACGCUAAAAAUAUUAUUUACAAUUGACUAUUAGCCGAAUAUUUACCCACAGACUAUUUUCAUUCAUUUGUCAGUAAAUUAGAAAAAUAUAUGUAGGUAGUGACAAUGUAAUUGUCUAUGAGGAAAUUACGAAGGAAAAUUUAGCCAAAAGUAUUUGUUAAUAGUUUCCAUUGCAUUUAAAUUUAAUUAGGUUUUAUUGAAUAGUUAAUUUAGGAACAUUUUGUUACAAUUGUAUUUGAUAAAACCUUUCGUAUAAUGUACAAAAAAAUAUAUAUCGCAUUA